GCCCUACUGACUGACUUUUCACAAGAUCAUGAAGACUGAAGAAGAAGAAGAAAAAUGUACCAUUUCUGCAAGAAGUGCUUCAACAAGAUCCAGGGUGAGAGUGUGUCUCAGUUUGAGAAGAAGAAGAAUGACACACUUGAUCCUGAAAUGUUUUCAACCUGUUUGGACUGUGGGCGUAAAAUGCAUCAAAUCUGUGUUCUACACCAUGAUACAAUUUGGCCAUCAGGAUUUGUAUGUAACAGCUGUCUGAAGAAAUCGAAUAAGUCGCGGAAGGAGAAUAAAUAUGCAGCCAAGAGGCUGCCUCAGACUAAACUCAGCAGCCAUCUGGAGACGCGGGUGAACGACUACCUGAGACAACAUUCUCACCCCAAAGCCGGUGAUGUCACCAUCCGCGUGGUUCACGUCUCCGACAAGGUUGUGGACGUCAAACCAGGAAUG